GGAGAGAAAGAGGCAGAAGAAAAGGGAGCGGAGGAGACAGACAGACGACAGGAGACAGGAGACGAAAGGCUGACACACACACAUUCAAAACCCCACCAGAAAAAUGCCCAAUUUUGCAGGCACCUGGAAAAUGAAAAGCAGCGAGAAUUUCGAAGACCUACUCAAAGCCCUGGGUGUGAACGCCAUGCUGAGGAAGGUUGCGGUGGCGGCUGCGUCCAAGCCCCACGUGGAGAUAAGGCAGAACGACGAGCACUUCUACAUCAAGACCUCUACCACGGUCCGCACCACCGAGAUCAACUUCCUCGUCGGAGAGGAGUUUAAUGAGGAGACGGUGGACGGCAGAAAGUGUAAGAGCUUGGCCACUUGGGAAACAGAAAACAAGAUUUACUGCAAACAGACUCUUCUGAGUGGGAGCGGCCCGAAAACCUUCUGGACCCGAGAACUCAACGGUGACGAACUCGUCCUGACCUUUGGAGCCGACGAUGUGGUGUGCACGAGGAUCUACGUACGAGCAUAGCAGAAGUCCACAAGUUCAAAUUUCCUCCAACAAAUAAUGUCUGAACUGUCAGUGUGAGAAAUUUCACAUAGAUGGAUAUUAACGUUUUUUCCCCUCUUUUUUGUAUAUAAUUUUUCUAGCAUUGGAAAUUAAACAAUCAACUCAUGAU